ACAAGUGAUAUAUUAUUUGGCGCGCCGUCGCAACAAGAGAACAAAUAUACACUUCCGGUUUCAUGACUGUCUGCCUCUCUGUCUUUCUCCUCCGUUAUUAAUACAGAUAGAAUGACAAAUGAGGUGUCGAGUGAAAGCUUAUAACCCAAGCAUGGUAUUAAAGAUGAGAAAUUUGACGUCGGACCUCCGGUUUUAGAGUUGCAACUAAAACAGACCAUGAUGAAGUGUGCCAUCGUUUUAGCACUCGCUAUAACUACAACACUAGCAGCACCAUCUGACGUCAAAAAUCCACUUGAACAAUUAGCAAUUGGAAAUAAACAACUAACGUCAAAUCUGUACAAAGAAAUUCUUAAAACUAAGAACGGAAGUAUUAUUUUCAGUCCUUUUUCUGCUGAAACCGUAUUAGCGCUGACCUCUGAAGGAGCUAAAGGUGAGACGAGAAGCGAGCUAGUAUCUGCACUACACCUUCCAGAAUCACAAGAGACUAUCCAACAAGGAUUUAAGGAACUUUUACCACAACUUAAAAUCAACAAUAAGGACGCAGUAUUAGCUUCAGCUAAUAAAAUAUAUGUGGCCAACGGUAUCAAGUUAGAAGACGAUUUUAAAAAGACCGCUGAAAGUAUUUACGCAUCAGGAAUUGAACAAGUAGACUUCUCAAACAGUGCAAAAGCAGCUAACAUAAUUAAUCAGUGGGUGGAAAGCCAAACAAACAAUAAGAUUAAAGAUCUGCUUAAACCUGAGUAUAUCAACAGUGACACUGUGAUGGCUUUGAUCAAUGCCUUAUAUCUAAGCGCUAAAUGGUCUACUGCUUUUAAAAAUUUUAACACUGUAACAGAUAAAUUCUACAGAACAGCUUCAGAACAAAUAGAUCAAGCAACAAUGACAAUGACUGAAGUGUUUAAACAUUAUAAAAAUGAGGAACUCGACACUCAGUUUUUGGAAAUUCCCUUCAAAACUAAUGGUCUUGUUUUUAGCGUUGCUUUACCUAACAAAAAAGAUGGCAUAGCUGCCUUAGAAAAUAACAUUGAAAAAGUAUUUGAACCGCAGCCAUACACCGAUGUACCUGUAGAAUUGAAAUUACCGAAGUUUACUGUUGAAACGGAUUUGAAUUUGAAAAACAUUCUCCAAUCUUUGGGUGUUCAAAAAAUCUUCAACUUUGACGCUGAUCUUAGUGGAUUGGCAAAAGACGCCAAAGAAUUACGUGUUUCGGAGGUAAUUCAAAAAGCUUUCAUCAAAGUUGCUGAAAGUGGCGUCGAAGCAGCUGCUAGCACUGCUGUUUUCGUUGCAACCAAAUCGGCACGUUUCUUUAUCGAAGACCCAAUAGAGUUUUUUGCCGACCAUCCUUUCGUAUACUUUAUUAAAUAUAAUAACGUUAUAUUGUUUGCUGGAAAAUACAGUCCUUAGAAUGCUCGUCGAAUUUUGUAUAUACUCGUAGUUCGUAUAAUUAACUUAUUGUUAUAAUAUGUGUUCUUUAUGUUAUAAAAUAUAUAUUUACUUCAUAAAUUAUACUAAGCUCAUAGUUUGCCUUU